UGAAAUAGUAUCAAUAAGUCUUUUUUGAAAAUUUUAAUUAGUUGAUAUGUCUUAUUAGCUCUAUUAAAAUUAAAAUUUAAACUUUAUUUUUGAAAUCUAAAAGAACGUAAUGUUAAAGCAAAAUAUUGCUAAACAAUUAUCUUCAUCCGGAACAGGUUUGCCUUGCAAGAUAUCAGGUUCGUGGGUAACUACCCAGGGCGGAGUGCGACUCGACAUGAAAGUUACUAAUCGCACAAUAAACGUAACGCUCGCGAAAUUAUCGCCUCCACCCCCUCAUCAGGGUCUGCUGGAUUCCUUCUGGAACUUGACCGGAUAUGCACCAUUCGCGGUGGGUGGACCGUUUUCCUUGCUUGCCAUUGACAAUCGCACCAAGUCUCUGGCAAUGUUUGCAGGUGCGUGCAGAGUAUGCCAGGGCAUCGACACGAUAGUGGGUGUUUGGUCGAUCGCUCAUAGCCCGCAGGAUUGCAGAGAGUUUCAGAUAGCUACAAAUAUCUACAACGACGUAUUUCGCCGGACUAAACUGUCAUCAGAGAUGAAAAAGCAACACCGGGAGAUUAUGCGAUUGCUUCAGAAAAGUAAUAAGAACAAUGGAACCGUGGCCGAGAUCUUGGCGAAUAGUACAGUACAGCAAAAUAGCACACAAUUGUAACGAAAUAACACGCUUGCAUCAAUAUAAAGCAAAGAAAAAAAAGAUUUAAAUAUCUCAAGAAAAAUGUAAGCGAACCAUAGAAUGAGAGAAUCAAAAUAAUUAAAAAAUUUAACUUUAUAAAAAUAUAAAUAUAAAGUCUUCUAAACAGCAAUAAUUUAUAUGUGCUCAAAAAGGUAGAAGCUUUGCGUUGUUUAAAGAGAAAUAAAUAUAACAAUAUUGUUUAUCAAUAUGACAUUACAACAUAAUUUAAUAUAUAAGAAAAUAUGUAGACAAUUUUGAAUAAACUUUCAUACAAUUAGAAAUAUAAUUUUUUUUCUUGAUUGUAAGCAUUGAUCUUACGACUUCACAAUUCAAUCAUCUUUUAAUAAUCUAAAUACUCGUGUAAUAUUAGGAUUUCCUACAUUGCUAUCGCAAUUGAUCCGGUAAACAUUGUCGAAUGGCAUUAAAACCAGACACAGCAAUCUAAAUGAAUUUAAAUUUAAUAAUAUAAAAUCUCUUAAUUUUAACUUACAAUUAAAAGUAAUUUAUAUGUAUGUAUUACCUUUAGCGUCCCAAUUUGUCUAUUUUGAGUAUUCUUGAUUGGCAACAAUAUAUAUUUGCUACCAUCACCGAGAGCGUAUUUUCUUAUAUUAAAAGUUGCAUAACUAGAAGGAGAAAACAGAAAUCAUAAUAUUAAAUCUUAUAAAAUCAUAAAAUUAAACCUCAUUUAUUUUAAAGAGAAAUGCGAGAAAGGAGUUCCUAUUAAUUUUUAUAUACAUGCAAUACUACUGUAAAAAUUCUAAAUUAAGUAGAUCAUUAUUAACCCAAUUUCUUCGCAGUCUUUAUCUUCCCUUUCCUCGGGUAAUGGUUCACUGACAAUAGUAAAAGUUACAUUCGGACUUGUGAUUUCGGUUAACAUAGCGCGCAAACUAUCUCUUUGUGUCACUUCAUUUAUCCAAAAUUCUAAAAUUUUAUA